AUGGCAUAUGUGAGGUCCUAUACGACCAUUCCAGUGCCCAAAGUCCUUGAUUGGAACGCAGACGAACACAACCCAAUAGGUGCGGAAUACAUAAUCAUGGAGCAUGUUCCAGGAGUCCAGUUGCAUGAUGUCUGGCCAACUAUGAAGUCUCAUCAACAUAUGCUAGUUACCAAGAACUUGGCAUAUGCUGUGACAGAAAUGGCAAAUCUCACAUUUCCAGCCUACGGCAGCUUAUAUUUCGACACCACUCCGAAUACACAGGCAAAGGCGAUUAGUAUCCCUGACGGCUUUGUGGUUGGGCCUAAUUGUGGUAGAGAUUACUGGGACCCUAUCGAUGAGGGUUCGCAUGGGACCACUCUUAGGGAGUACACAGAUGGGCUCCUGGACGCAGGUUAUGCACGGCUGCCCAAUCGUUCAACAGAAAGCGACGUUGAACUACCAUAUCGUGGUUCCGUGGGAGAACAUGUUCGACUGUUACAAAUCAGCAAAAGCGCGAUCAAAGAACUGAUCAAGAGUCCCUUGAUUCAGGAAUCAUCAAGACCCAUGCUGCUGCAUCCUGAUCUCAAUAAGAGAAAUAUAUUUGUUUCUCUAGACGACCCAACAAAGAUAACCGCUUUUAUCGAUUGGCAAUCUACCUGUAUUGAGCCGACCUUUGUGUAUGCGAAUGAGACGCCUGAUCUGAUAGCGACUCCACCAGCGCUUUCCUGGAUUACUGAAAUGGAUGACGAGUUGCUGGCAAUGGCAGACACUUCGGGUGACAGGGAGAGGCUUGAAAGAGAUAUCUGGAUCUGUCGACAGACUUUUGAAGUGGCGAUCCGCGGGUUUUCGCCGAAGCUUGCGGCUGCCAGAGCACUGGAUGAAGCGUUGCUGAGGCAUUUUCUUUACUGCCACUCGUCCUGGCAGGUUGGUGCCGUAGCGUUGCGGCAGGAGCUGAUUGAACUCUCCCAGCAUUGGUCUCAGCUGGGACUUCCGGGCUCGUGUUCUUACCAGCCUUCCCCGGGGGAGCUCGCAGAGCACGCAAAGCAAUGGGAUGAUUUCGAGACCACCCAGAAGUUCAAACUCUUUUUGAUUCGGAUGCUAGACUCGAGCUCGGACGGAUAG